UCUUGUUUGCUCUCUUACAUGCAGACUUCCUUGCCCUCUCUGCCGUCACUGCCGUUGCUUGAUCUAUCUAUGGCGUUUUGUUCUGACUCGCCUUUCCGUGCAUUCGGCCGCUGACCUGCAGCUCCCACGCUGCCUUCCGUCCGUCUUCCGGAUCUCGAAUCCUUCCCACCUCCCAAUUCCUCACCUCCGAUCGAGUCGGUCGUGUUUCGCCGCCUCUUCCUCUCUCUGCCUCGAUCUUUCCGUCUCUCCCUACCCCAUUGCCCCUCUAUACCUUUCUCAUGCCCGCCCUCGAGGUCCCCGAGACCGGGUUGUCUCUCUGCAGAGACAACCACGGCAAUGACGCUACGAACAAGCCCCCCCAGAUCAUGCGGCUGAAUUUAGCUCAGAGCACCCUCGACGAGCUGAUUCAGAGCCUCCGAAAUGAUCAGACAGCUCGAAUCCGCCUGGGGAAACACUCGACCCUCUACUACGGCUCCAAAUCUCAGCCCUUCCACUCCAACCCCGAGACGUGUCGAUCAGAGCUAUAUCGCGGCAGCUCCGCAGACAAGGAAAACUUAUAUUUCACCGGUGUUUUGAGCCAUAGCUUGGAAGUGCAGAAGGCGAAGGAGGACACUGCGGCCACAGAUCAGGCAUUGGCCACCCUGGAGCAAAGGCUGAGCGCCUUUGAAAGAGGAAAGGAGUCGAAGAAGACUCAUAUAAUCACCAGCAUUGACGAGGUGAGAGCUUUGCGGGCUGGCGACAACCGGUCCAGCUCUGGGAAACAUGCUGCUCGUCUGGCUCGUCCCGCAAGCAGGGUGGAGCUGGAGAAGGAUCGGCUGCUCACUGCCACCAAUCGCUCCGUUUCCUCGAGUCCGGCUUUGGGGGUUGCUCGAUCUCCUGUGUCCAUGCCUCCGCUUACGCCCACCUCCGUUCCGCUUUCCCAAAACAAAGAUCGCAUUCGCCUCGAAGCCCUCAAGGUCCCCUUUAUUCACCUCCUCGCCGUCCGUGCGGUUUCCGCCAAAUUCCUUGCCCGCCAGACCCGUUCGUCCCUCGAAGACUGUGAGGCCUUGGCUCGGAAAUAUGGUGCCGAGAACCGAAUCAAUCCGGAGAAGUUCGAUCUCAAGGACAAAUUAUAUCGGGACCUCGAUGUCUGGAAAUUCCCCUACCCGUCUCAGGAAGACAGGCUGGAGGCCAUCGAAAAUGCCAUCUCCGCUUUCGAUCGCUUGCGGAUCUCCCGCUCCGACAAGCUAUGGCAGCUGCUUCUUCCCAAGGAAGAACGCGGAAAGGGCAAGUGCCUGUCACGCCUGGACCUGCGGACGGGGCCCAUCAAGAAAGCUGCUACACCUCGGAUACAAGUACAAAAUUCUGAUGACAACGGCAAAGACGGCUACGCUACUGGCCAGGAGACCGAUAAAGCUAGUGGCAAUGGUCUAACACCGAGGACUGCUGAGCCGACAUCAGCUCCCAAGUCUGGGACGAUCGCGCAAAAGAAACGGAUCGGCGAAAAAGAUGCAGGUGCAAAACGGCCUGCCACAAAGAGCAAAAGUGUGGCUAAUAGUACCUUGACUGGACGCGUCACCAAGAAGGCGGAGCGGAAGCCGGCUGCGAAACCAGAGGGCAAAUUCAAAUCAGCGGAAUUUGUUCAUGACUCGGAUGAGGACGACACAGACAUGCCAGACGCCUCGUCCGCAGAGAAGCCUCAGCCUGAGAAAAUUCCAAAGCCUGAACAUAAGCUGCCGGCCAAACCGCCAACCCUCAACCCUCCUAGGGAAUCUUCCCAUACGCCGACACCGAAGGUAGAGCAACCGGAAGCUACAUUUAAAGCCGAAUCAUCCAACCAAGCCCCUCAUCGGCCAACUGCAGCGAAGCGACCUCCUUCAUCGCGGCCCCCAGCCUUGAAGUCCCCGCAGAAGUCCCCGCAGAAGCCGUCGCCACUCGGGUCCUCUCCCCCAACCAAUGCCUCUGAUAUCCAAAGUCGCAGCCGUUCUUCCAGCCAGAACAAUUCGUCCAGUUCCUCAUCGUCACCACUUAUAACCCAGGUGAACAGACCCAAACCUACUGCGGGAGUCCCCAUUGUGAGGAAGGUGGUAAAGCCCAAUGGGGUGUCCAGACCGGCUGAGAUGGCCAAUCCCUUGAAGCGCAAAGCGGAGCUUGAGCGACCUGCAGUGUCAUCUCAGGCUCCCGCCCGCACUGGGGAUCUUGAGCACAAACGCCGGCGGGCCGUGAGCACGUCCAGUGGCAGCACUGGGAGCGCUUCGCCGCCCCUCAGCCGCGAAAUCCUCCUCCAGCAAUUGCGCGAGAAAUCGCAGAGAUUCAAGAACUUCUAUGUCAAGUACCGCACCUUGCAUGACGCACUAGCCUCGCAGUCCAACCCACCACGAGCGGAACUGGACAAGCUCCACAAACAGCACGUUAAGCUGCAGCGGAUGAAAAAGGAGAUAUGGGACGAAGAUCGACGGCUCCGGGAUUGACUAACG